AGAAAGACUCUUGCAUUUUAAGUACAUUGUAUCCUUCUCAAAAUUCUUUCUUUUCAGCCUCUCCUCCUCCCUUCUCUUCUCUCAUGGUCCCAAACAUACAAUCUUCAUUUAGGUCAGAAGUUUAAGAAAGAAAGAAUGUGUGAGAGAGACAGCAGUGUAGCAAACCCUAGAUACUUAUAUAUAGGUGGUUUUUGAGUUUUUGAAGUGCAAGCAAGUUUACCCCUUGAGAUCAUUAAUUUUCAAAGAAGAAUUUUGGGAUCCAUGAAUUCUAACAACUGGCUUUCAUUUCCUCUUUCUCCUACUCAUCCUACCUUGCCUGCCCAUCUACAUGCAUCUCACCCUCAUCAAUUCUCUCUAGGAUUAGUCAAUGAUAGUAUGGAAAACCCAUUUCAAACUCAAGAGUGGAGUCUUCUUAACACUCAAGGCAACAAUGAAGUGCCAAAGGUUGCAGACUUUCUUGGUGUAAAUAAAUCUGAGAAUCAAUCAGAUCUCGUGGCCUUCAAUGAAAUUCAAGCCAAUGAUUCUGAGUAUCUUUUUUCAAGCAAUAGUCUGUUGCCAGUCCAAAAUGCUGUGGUAGCCGCCAGUACUAACUAUGAAUUUCAAGAAAAUUCUAGCAAUUUGCAGUUGUCUAUGGGCAGUGCUAGUGGUAAGGGUUCUAAAUGUGAAACCAGUGGUGAUAAUAGUACUAAUUCUGUCGAAGCUGCUGCUCCAAGAAGGACUUUGGAUACAUUUGGUCAAAGAACAUCCAUCUAUCGUGGUGUAACAAGGCAUCGAUGGACAGGAAGGUAUGAAGCUCAUUUAUGGGAUAAUAGUUGCAGAAGAGAAGGUCAAUCCAGGAAAGGAAGACAAGUCUAUUUAGGUGGCUAUGACAAAGAAGACAAGGCUGCUAGAGCUUAUGAUCUUGCUGCACUUAAGUACUGGGGAACAUCUACCACUACCAAUUUUCCUAUCAGCAACUAUGAGAAAGAACUAGAGGACAUGAAGCAAAUGACCAGACAAGAAUUUGUGGCCUCCAUUAGAAGGAAGAGUAGUGGCUUCUCUAGGGGUGCAUCCAUGUACCGUGGGGUCACAAGGCAUCACCAACAUGGAAGAUGGCAAGCAAGAAUUGGUAGAGUUGCAGGAAACAAAGAUCUCUACUUGGGAACUUUUAGCACUGAGGAGGAGGCUGCGGAAGCUUAUGACAUAGCAGCAAUAAAGUUUAGGGGGCUUAAUGCAGUGACUAACUUUGACAUGAAUCGAUAUGAUGUGAAAAGCAUUCUUGAGAGCAAUAGUUUACCAAUUGGAGGAGGGGCAGCCAAAAGGCUAAAGGAGGCUCAAGCAAUCGAAUCGUCACAAAAACGAGAAGAAAUUAUUGCUCUUGGAUCAAGUUAUCCAUAUGGAUCAACUUCAAGCUCUAGUCGACUACAAGCUUACUCUCUAAUGCAAAAACCAUUUGAGCAACCUCAACCUUUACUUACUCUACAAAAUCAAGACAUUUCUCAGUACACUCAAGAUUCUUCAUUUCAGCAAAAUUACCUUCAAACACAGCUUCACUUGCACCAGCUAUCUGCAGGGUCUAAUUACCUACAUAAUAACCAAUCAAGCCAAAAUCCCCAGUAUUACAGCAGCUAUAUCCAAAACAAUCCCGCUCUGCUUCAUGGAUUUUGGAACAUGGGUUCUUCAUCAUCUCUAAUGGAGAAUAAUGUCAGUUCUAGUGGGAGUUAUAGCACCGGAGGUUAUCUGGGAAAUGGGUUGGGAAUGGCUACCAAUUCAACAGGGUCUAAUGCAGUAGCUGAGGAACUUCCACUUGUUAAGGUAGAUUAUGAUAUGCCUUCUGGUGGCUAUGGAGGUUGGUCCGGGGAAUCACUUCAGGGAUCCAACCCAGGUGUUUUUACAAUGUGGAAUCAUGAGUGAUCAGAUAUUGGAAAUGGAAAAAAAAAAUGUCUAUGAUCAAGAGAUGGGAGUCAUUAAAGGAGUGUGCAUGCAUGCAUGAUCAUGGGGGACAAUAUAUUUGACCAUGCUUUCUUUAUGUUUGAUUAAGCCAUAGGAGUUCAUUUUUAAAGCAAAACCCUCAAGAGGAAAUGUAAAACCCUAGCUAGGGCUUUCUUUGAUAAGUUGACAAUCUUCUUUCAACUUAA